AGCCCCUCCGGCAGUAGUCUUUCCCUUCGCACAACUCGCCUGCGCUGGUGAGUUGGAGCCGCCGCCGCCCGGGAGCUGGCGAGUGAAGGGGAAACCACGAUGUCGCUCCCGGACCACGUACCGCCCGCUGCCGAAGAGCAACCGGAGAAACCUGGGCAAGAAAGCGGAGAAAAGUUAAAGCGAGACAACCAAAACUUCGUGGACGAUGAGCAACUUCACCUUGCUGCGGCUUAUGUUUCCGAUGCUCAAUAUAACAGAAACAUCCAGUUUGAAACUUCACCAAAAGCAAUCCGAUUCUACAAAUUGUAUAAUCACUGGUCUACGCAGGGAGUCACCUACUUUUUUAUUCUUGUGGACCUUUUCCUUGGCCUGUUUGAGGAUCCUGCAGUCUAUUUACUGCCACUUUGGGUAACUUCAACAGUAGAGUUUAUUUGUCUGCUGAUGUUUACUGUCCGGCUCUUGCAUUUCUCAAAAGUUACUCCCACAAAAGUGUUUUGGAAAGAUGCAAAGAACAUCUGUGUUAUUGUCAGCAUAUUGCUCACAUUAGUGGAUAUGAUUGUAUACUUGGUUUUAAUAGAAAAUGGAUAUCCUGCAGUCAGGUGGUCAAGGGUCUUGAGACCACUGUUUUGUGUAAACUUCACUGAAAGUCGUCAGCUCAGAAGGGCCUUCAGGAAUAUCCGCAACACUCUCCCAGAGAUCACCUAUGUGUUUGUACUGUUUCUGUUCAGUGUUGCGGUGUUUUCUCUCAUGGCUUUGAAGUUGUUUGCCAAAAGGAAGCUCACCACAGGAGAAGGAGCCCCAUAUUUCAGUAACUACUUGGAUGUACUCUUCAAUCUCUAUGUGCUAGUGACAACAGCCAAUAGCCCAGACGUGAUGAUGCCUGCCUAUGAGGUCAGCUGGGCAUAUUCAAUAUUCUUUAUCGUUUUUAUAAUAGUGAACACCUAUGUCUUUAUGUCUCUCUUCCUGGCUGUUGUAUACAAUGACUACAAGAAACAUUUGAAGAAUGAAGUAAGAAAGCUGGUAUAUAUGAAACAUCGGAAAAUGAUUGAAGCAUUUAACAUACUGAAGACAAAGAAUGGAACAGAGUUUGCAGUCUUGGACUCUCACUGGAGGCAGCUGGUGAAACUGGUGGCACCAGAGAUUCCUAGCUCUCAUAGAGAACUGCUAUGGAGAGUUUUGGAUGAUGAACAGAAGGGCUUUAUAGGAAAAGAGUCUUUCAUCCGUUUGGCAGACCUUCUAAACAUACAGAUUGUUCAGAUGAAGGAGAGGGUCCAUCCAUUGGAGAAGUGCAUGCCAAACAUGUACAACUCUGCAGUGAGCCAGUUCAUCUGCAGGACAGUCAAGCACCAAGGUUUUCGUUAUACAUACGAUGUUAUUAUUGUUAUAAAUGCUAUUUUUAUUGGUGGAGAUGAGACCAAUCCUUUAAUAUCCAAGGCAGAAUGGGUGUUUUUGAGCCUCUACUUAAUUGAAAUUCUGCUGAAACUCUACGCACAUGAACCCAGGGCAUUUUUUGCCAGAUUUCAAUUUUGGAAUUGGUUUGAUACCAUAAUCAUCGUUGCUGCUCUGCUGGGUACUAUUGUCAAUACUGCACUUAAGUCAUCUGGUGGGUACAGUAGUCAACAGAUCUUGGAUAUUGUGUUCAUCCUGCGAGUACUUCGAUUAAUCCGGAUCAUUGACAGCUUCCAGAGAUUCAGGAUUUUGCUCAACACGCUGGUAAAUCUUAUACCCACAAUGCUAACCUAUGCAGGACUACUUGUGGUUGUGUACUACAUUUUUGCGAUAGUUGGAAUGGAAGCAUUUAAAGGGAGGAUCCAUUUUUACGGUGCUAACUCCAGUGAUCCUGCAGCAAAGUACUGUGGGAAUCCAGCACUGAAGGGUUCACAGUUUGCUGCUCUUAGAUAUUGCAAGAAUAACUUCAAUAAUCUUCUUUCAUCCUUCAUUUUACUGAUUGAAUUGACAGUGGUCAAUCAGUGGCAUGCUCUUGCAACUGGAUUUGUGAAGGUAACUCACUUAACUGCAAGGAUCUUCUUUGUCAUCUUUCAUAUAGUGGUUGUUAUUAUACUGAUCAAUAUCUUCAUAGCAUUUGUUUUGGAAGCUUUUUUUGUGGAAUACUCAUUGUCCAGGAGUGCUGUCGAAACUGCUGUUGAGAAGAAAAUUCAAGAGCUUGGAAUGGGAGACUGUGCGGACCGUCCAGCUGGAAACCUAGUCGAAGUUAUGGAAACAAAUGAAAACGAUCUCGGCAACAUUGAUGACACUGAUUUGAAAUCCAGACUGAGAUUCAGAAUAGCAUCAAUUAGAUACAAGACAGUUGAUGCCUUACUACAGCAUAUGUUUGAAGGGGAGCUAAAACCAGAAGAUGAAAUACCAACGCUGGAAGAGAUUGAUAACCUUUCACCAGAUGACUUCCCACCAAAGCCACAUACCUUUGAUAAUGUAAUAUAAUUUUUAAGAAUUUUGUUGCAUUUUGCCCCUUUUGAAUUAAAUGUCUAUUAUUGGUUGUAAAUUUUAUAUUGAAAUAUUGUACAGACUAUGGUAAGGAAAUGGUUUAUCUUGA